AUGCAGACUAGUCGUUCAUCGCGCACGCUGUUGACCUUACCACUCGAACUACAAAGAGAAAUAAUAUCCCACGCUCUUGUACCCAAUCGCAAGGACUACCAGGAUCCGCCGGUCAGCCUGGAUAUUUACCGCGUUCGUGAUGAUAGAGACGUGGCAAGUUUACUGAACUGGAGUAGUACUUGCAAGUGGUUUCGGACGUUACUUGCGCCAAGGUGUUUUGAGACUAUAUCGCUAUGGAAUAGCGCCCAGAGUGCUUUAUCUGUCCAUGCAAUUGCCCAGGGUGAAUGGGCUGGCUCUGUGAAAACGCUGCGUUAUGUCGCCCAACUCAAAGAAGGUCAAGAAUGCCUUUCUAUUGCAGAAUUGCACCCGCCUGAGGUCGAAGCCAUUCUAAACCGGAUUUCUCAAUUUCCCAACCUAGAGCAGCUCACCGUGAGCUUUCUUAUUCAUUACCAGGAAAUUUGGUCUGCUCUUCGAAGGGAACAAACUACCAAUUUCAUCAAUGUUAAUCCUGCGUUCACCACAGUCGAAGAAAAGCGACACCCAUGGCGCGCAUUGCUGUCAGCCGGCGUCAAUUCAAUCAUCCAAAAUCCCUCCUAUGGACGCCUCGAAACAUUCGAAAUCCAAAAUCUAGGCGUGUUUCCCGCAUCUGCGUACGGCUUGCAAAAAUUCCGCAAACUUUUCUCCAAAUUGAAGACAUUCCGACUGUCGUUUUCAGAAUUGGGUCAAACAGGCAGCCUCGAUCCCAAUUUCCAGUUUUUUGAACAAUUGGGCCCGUGGUUCUUCAACAAUCUUCGCUUGGUGGAGAAUCUGAGCGUCGACGCCGGAAGGAGGCAUCUGCUGAGCGAGCAAGUCAGCUAUGGCUUUAACAACACGGGCCUACGUGAGGCUAGAAUGCCAAAACUCCGUAAUGUCAAAUUUCAAAAUCUAUUCCUCUGUAAGGAGGUAGUUGCAUUUUUGACCAAGCAUCUCGGAACCCUGGAGUCGAUCACGCUAGAAAACUGCUAUGGCAACCAUUCUCUAAAGCCUCAGCAUGUCCGGUAUCCAUUUAGCUACCACUGGUGGCAAUUAUUUGAUGCGCUGAAGACGGAGUCGCCGACUCGGCUGGUUGCGUUUGAACUAAAUUUUACGAGGAAUGAGAAGGGGCUGAUUCAAUGGGGUAAAAAGCCGCCGCCGUACGAGAACGAGUGGUACAGCCAACUGAAGAAGUCAGAGGUGCAGCCGGGGAAGAUAUUUCUGUAUGGGGUGGCUUUUCCCGGUGAUGGCCUCACAUAUCCUUACCCUGAAGCAAUUCAAGAGUCUCUGCGUGAAGGGCUUGAUGAGAGAGGCUACUUAUCUUUGAUGGCUAUGGUUGAGUGCAAUGUUAAGAAGAGAAAGUAG